AUGCGGCGUCAACGUUUGAAACGAGGACUCAAGUCCCUCCAAGGGAAGCUGCCAGGCUGGCUGCAACCCGAGGAUCAAAAUGAGACAUCUGGCUAUCAUACUUCAGAGUCCCAGAAGCAGAUAUUGGUUAUUAACACUCGAUACGAUGAAACUACAAUCAAUGAACUUUGGAAUAUAGCAUAUGAGAAGCUGCGAGCGGAAGACGGUGCGCUCAUCGAGGAAUACGAGAAAAAGCUUCUGGGAAAUAUGGCUGCUGGACUAGGCUCAAUGUCAAACGCCAACAUGAGAGAUCGAAUGCAGACAAUACUAGAGUACCAAAUGAAUGACGUUAAUGCAAAUACAUGGAAGCUAAAAUUCAGGAGCUCCGAGGUCGAAGUCAGGGAUCUGGUACAGCCUAUUCUAGGAGCUGUGAGUUUGGUCAACGAAUAUAUCACUGAUGCCGUCGCUGUAAGCUCCUAUGCAUCUCUGGCUUGGGCAGGUAUCAGUUUAUUUCUACCACUUUUUCUUAACCCAUCGACCCAAAUGGCAUCUCUGGCACAGGGUUUGGAAUUCGUCUCGACCCUUAUCGCCCAGAGCCGAAUGAGGGAAGAGCUCUACCUUCGUCGCUAUGGGUUGAAGACUCAAGCAGACCAUUCCUUACAACAAUCUCACCACGAGUACAAGAACGGCUUAGAGCGGCUCUAUCGACAGAUUUUAAAAUUUCAAGCCAGGGCUUACUGCUCCUUUACUGACAGCUCUGCAUCUCGCUUUUGCUUUGACAUCAUGAAGAAGAAUGAUUGGGAUCAGCUGGUUAGUGGAAUUCGUGAACAGGAGACUAUGUUUGCCAAGUUGUCAAAGACUUGGCGCGAUAUCCAAUAUGAUAAUGAAUGCUUGGCGGCUGAUAACCGACACCGAGAGACAUUAAACCUCUGGUUUACCAUUGGAGCAAAUGUCGCCAGCUUAGAGCGGGCAAUUCAAGAGGCACAGAAACAAGAAAGCCGCAUCGACCUACUGGAAUGGUUGUGCAAUAUUGAUCACACCGCGCUUUACAAUAGUGCUCGCCAAAGUCACAUAGAUGGCACAGGCGAGUGGCUCAUACAUGGGAAAGAGAUAUUCAAGGCAUGGGAGAAGAGUAUCGCGCGUCAGUCUUUCUUAUGGCUCCAUGGAAAAGCUGGCUCUGGGAAGUCUGUAUUAAGCUCCUCUGUGAUUAAGCAUUUGCAGGACCAACACAAGGGUAAUGCUACAAAUGUGCUCGCUUAUUUUUAUUUUAGUUUUAGCGAUUCUCAAAAACAGACGGUCGAUGGAAUGAUCUCAUCACUUAUAAGACAGAUCAGUGCUCGUCGGCCGAAUAUGCCGCAAGCAGUCCAAAGCCUUUGCGAGUAUAAAAAUGGAGGCGGCCGUCCGGAUACUGAAACAUUGAUAGAGGCGCUAAUCUCCUCCAUGCAAGGAUUUUCAGCCGUAUAUAUCAUUGUUGAUGCAUUAGAUGAAUGUCCGAUGAUUAACGACGAGAGAAAGAAGCUCCUUAAAAGCUUACGCAAUAUCCUUGAAGCAGCGCCCGAUAGCCUUCACAUGUUUUGCACAAGCCGCAAAGAAGUAGACAUAGAUGAAGUCAUUAGGCCCUUGUUACUUGAGCCUUGGGGGGACGAAGUCGAUCUAUCUAACCAAACUGAAGCUCUUAACGAUGAUAUUGCUCAGUAUAUCGAUUCCAUUUUGGCUGAUGCCAAUUACAAAACAUGGCCAAAAAGUGUUAAAGAAGAAGCAAGAAGAGUGCUGAUGGAGAAGGCUGAUGGCAUGUAA